AUGUGUAUCAUUUGCGGUCUCUGUGGGGGUGCCCUUAUUGCCGUUAUACUCAUCGUUGUAUUGGUCUUGGUCUUGACGAAGAAACACAAGCCAGAUGACACGCCGAUCCAAAGCCAGUGGCUAAACCUUACCAACUAUCCGCCCAUCCCAACCGGCAUCUCGACCAUCGCAGGACCUACUCUAGCGCACGAAGAAACUGGUUGUGUCAUACCAGCAACGCAGUGGUCUUGCUCCUUACCAAAGGAGGAGCAUGAUUCGGUGGCACCAAAUCGAUCCGACCAACCCAACUUCCGCCUGAUCAUUCGCUACAAGAACGAUACCGCGACCAAAACUCGUCGCCAGGACGACCUCUUCUCGCCGAAUCCCUCGCCCCCUUCGGCUGAAGACCAAGCCUUCCUUGGCAAUACAACGGACAAGAACGUCGAGCCGUUUGCUGGUGAAGACACCCCUUUCUUCAUCUCCUUCAUCACCCCUAGCGGCACUCCUUCGAUCUCAAAGCGUCAGUCUGAUGAUGGCGAUGUUGUACCUAACAUUGAAGACAUAAUACCGCCCCCUGCAACUGUGUCUGGUGGCCUUGCAGCACCUGCAAAUCUGCUUCCGCUUCCAGUUGCACAACCCCUUCACCUCUACAACCGCGGCACAGUCGAUGAACAUUACGGCUUUUACACGUAUUUCGACCGCUCGAUAUUCCUAAAGGACAUCAAUGCUACGAGAUCGGGAUUUGGCGGGAACCCAGCAGACCAGGACGGGGGGUCAAGCUUCGACAGCGCGACGCUGCGUUGCACAUGGGCGCAGACACGCUUUCUGGUACAGAUCUGGACGAACAGCGCCUCGACCAAGCCGUUGCUGCAAGCCGCCUCGGGCACGCCAACAUCAACAUCUUCUGCGUCCACUCCAUCGUCCUCGUCCUCGGCAAACGACUUUGUCACACCCGGCUCCUUUCCCUACCCGGUGACCAUCACGCUGGACAGGCACGGCGGCGCCGCUGCCAAGAAGCUGGUAUACUGCUACGGCAUGGACGCGUCUGGCAAGAUCGAGCCGAAGCGCAGCACCAUCACGCUCGAGGAUAGGUCCUUUGGCGGGGUCGCCGUGAAUGGCAACAAGGGCCCGUUUACCAACACCACCGUCAGCGUGGGCGAUGGUGGGCCUGGGGGCCUUGAUGGCGGCAGCGGGGGCUGUGGCUGCUCGUGGGUAAACUGGGCGGGCGCAGGCACGUGA